GAAACCACCAAGUUACAUUGCGCUCCAGGCUUCCACUCGUAGGAAGCAAAAUAAUUUCGCCAUGGACUCGUUUAAAUUGCUCAAGCGCCGGACCACGGAGCUGUUCCACUCGCUGGAACAAUCACUGCCGUCCUUGGGCAGCCACGGAAGCAACGCGAUGAAAGCGACGUGGGAGAAGAUCCAAGUCCCGCCGCUCCCGCGGUCCUCGCACUCGGCCGACAUCGUCGCCGGCACCCUCUAUAUCUUUGGUGGAGAAGUCGAGCCCCGUCGUCCCGUAGACAACGACAUGCAUGCCAUCACUCUGCCCUCGAGCGGCGCCCAGGCCGAUUACUACGCCAUCAAGGCCAAACCGGCCAAGCCCUCUGCUCCUACCGAGAAGCUCGCCGGCAAAUCCCCCGCCCGCCUCGACCUCCCCGACGUCCCCGCCCCGCGCGUCGGCCACGCCACCGCCGUAAUCGGGCACAGGAUCUUCAUGUUUGGCGGCCGCGGCGGGCCAGACAUGACAGCCCUCGACGAAGGCGGUCGCGUCUGGGUCUUCGACACGCGCACGCACCUCUGGUCCUCCCUCGACCCACUCCCCGCCGCAGCCGGCCUGCCCGACAUCCCCCGCCCGGCGCCCCGAAGCUACCAUUCCGCUGUAGCCAUCCCGAAACCAGACACCUUCGGCUCCCGAUCCGCCCCUACCCACCACCCGAGCCAAAACAAAAACAACAACUCAGCCGAGGCCUGGCGCGAUUGGGCCCUUGGCGCCAACCGCGGAACAGCCGAGCUCGGCACCCCGCAGCGACCAAUUGUCGGUGUGCUCGCCGAGCGCGCAACUGACGCAGACAGCGACGGCUACGGCACCUUCAUCAUCCACGGCGGCUGCCUCUCGGGCAGCCCCGCGCGCGCGUCUGACGUGUGGGCGUUUGACGUGCGCUCGCGGGUCUGGCAGCGCCUGCCCGACGCCCCCGGCGCUCCGCGCGGCGGCACGGCGCUGGCGCUCAGUCGCGGCCGGCUGUACCGGUUUGGGGGGUUCAAUGGCGAGACGCAGGAAGGGGGCCAGCUGGAUUUCCUUGAGUUGGGGGUCGACAUGUUUGAUGACCAGGUCAUUGGCGGCGUGGAGGCGGUGCUGUGCGCGAGAGGGGGUGGUUGGAAGAGCGUCUUGUUCGGCAAGGAGGAUGUUGGGUACAAGGAGGUCGACCCCGCGGCCAAGCCGCUUGAUUUACAUGAUACUGAGGAAUGGCCCGGGAACCGGAGCGUGUGCGGGCUGGAGGCGGUCACGGUUGGCGGCGGGCGCGAGUAUCUGGUGCUGAUGUUUGGGGAGCGCGAGGCGUCCGGGGUGGGGCACGCAGGCGCGGGCAGGUUCUGGGACGACGUGUGGGCUUUCCAGGUGCCCGCCCAGGGCAUGUCGCUGGCGAGCGUCGCCGAUACGGCGUUUUCGGUCGUCGGCAAGAAGAGUGGCGAGGGGAGCUGGACGAGAGUGCAGAUGGGACCGCACGAUGACGAGGACGAUGCGUCGGCGGAGGGGCCCGGGCCGAGGGGAUGGACUGCCACGGCCCCGAUGGGGGAGCUUGAGGAGAAUGGAAUUGUCGUUUUCGGUGGUCUGAAUGAGGGCAACCAGCGGCUGGGGGAUGGCUGGAUUCUGAGACUUGGCUGA